CCCUUUUAAAAAACAAGGACAAACCAAAAAAACAAAAACAAACUUAAACGAGACAGUUGCCGGAUGAUGAUAGAACGUGCACGUCGCACCAUCGCAGGAAAAACGCAAAAGUCAAGAUUCCUAACGGUGACGACCUACAGGAGGAGCCAUCCAGCCACGGGAAUUGCGGCCGCCGUCAUCAUAGGAGCCCUGUGCGCCGCCGCGGUCGUCCUGCUCUUUUUAGCGUGCUGCUGCAGGAAGGCGUCUUUGAGUGAACCGGACGCAUCGAGGAUGACGGUGGUGUAUCAUACGUCCGUACCGCCGCAGCCAGCGGGCGUCGCCAUGCAGACCAUGCCUUCCAGCGGGAUCUACAUGUACCCCUCGCCGGUGCACUGGCCACCGCCGGCGUACGAGGACCCCCAGGCCAAAAAGGACGGCCGAGGAACCUUCAACCCCAUGAUGGCGUCGUCUGCACAAUCGGCUCGGCCGACGGCGGCGCCACCUCCAUACACCAUGGACUGGGCACACCCCUACUGAACGCGUUGUGCUAAGAGAAAACUCGGUGAUGGACCUCUCGCCUAUUGUUCGUGGAACGUAGUUUCGUGUGCAGUGCAGCGUUCUAAAUCAACCGGUAUUUACGACUUAAGAG